UGUAAUGUAGUAGGCGCACUUCAAAUGGCCUUGCUUUUGCACUUAGCAGACCGUGUUAAGCGCGUUCUCGUUGAGGUGGAAAUAUGUAUAGAACGACAGAUUUCAGCGGACUGGUAAUGGUAUGAAGGCAAGAUGUUUCAAGCAGAGGACCUGGCAGACACCAUUGCCAAGUGUUCUUACGAUCACUAUGGUGAUCUGCCGAGGAAGGGAAAACCUCAGGAAGGAAAAGAAUGGACAUUGCUUGCCGCCAUUGUGCAAGAGACGGAACAGGACGACACCAGUGUAUUUCAAGUGGUUGCCAUGGGUACAGGAACAAAGUGUCUAGGACAGAGCAAGAUGAGUAAAAUAGGUGAUAUUGUAAAUGACAGCCACGCUGAAGUAAUAGCUCGAAGAGCCUUUUUGAAUUACUUGCUGUAUCACGUUGAAGGGUUCUACGAAACUGGCUCAAGUGAGAUCUUCACUGUGGAUGAGAAGACUUUACGAUUUUCCAUUGAGAAGGGAAUCGCCUUCCAUUUCUUCACCAGCCAUACGCCUUGUGGCGAUGCGUCCAUUUUCCCAAAAGAGAAAAGCGAGGGAAGUAUGUGUGAAACUGGUGCGAAAAGGACAUGGGAAGGUGAUGACUUGAAUAUGAAAAAGAGGCAUAAACUGGUGCAUUCUGAUAGCGAUGUUGAUUCCUGUCAAGUAACGACUUGCCGUAAUGAAAGUUUGAGUGAUGUUUGCCCAACCGUUAAUGACAUGGCUGAGGUAACUAUUAGAGACAUAUAUAGGACAGGUGCAAAGUGUGUUUCAUCAGAGGAUAACGACCCACUUCUUGGCGGGAUGGAGUAUCACAGGACAGGCUUAUUACGGACUAAGCCUGGGCGUGGAGAAAGGACUUUGUCAAUGUGCUGUAGUGAUAAGCUUGCCAAAUGGAACGUUGUUGGAUGCCAGGGAGCAUUGCUGAGCCAUCUUUUUGAGCCAGUCUACUUUAAGUCAUUUGUAGUUGGAAGUUGUCCUUACGAUAAAGCAGCUAUGACUCGAGCCCUGGUCUCCCGGUGUUUGGAUGUGUCUGGUCUACAGCUUCCUUACAUACUACAUCAGCCAUUAAUCCUGCAGUCCACGCUUGAGUUUGAAGACAGUAAGCACAUUGUUGAGGCCAAGGUAGAGAAAGCUGUAUCUUCCAACACAUCCAUCAUCUGGUCUAGUAUCCCCUGUCGUCCAAUAGAGGUCUCAGUCAAUGGAAAGAGGCAGGGAAUCACUACAAAGAAUAUCCACAAAUCUCAGGCCAGAUGCUCAAUAUGUAAAGCGGAAUUAUUCUCGAAAUUUAAGAAAGUUAUUGAGAUGGUGGGUGUGGAUCGCCUGCCAGAAACGCUCAGGUGUCCCAAUCUGAAAACGUAUCAUGAUUUUAAGGAGGCAGCAGAUGGUUACCAGUUGGCAUGGGGACGGUUGCUGAAUGUUUUCAAAGAUUGGAGGAGAGCACCACGGGAACUUGAGAACUUUACAUUGGAUGAUCUUUCCUGAUGUCUAAAGCACGAUUUGAAGCGUUCAUUAUUUGGCCAGUGUUCUACCUAUUGAAUUGCUCUGGUAUCAAGUCCAGCAGCCUCUUUGAGAGUAUUUUGCAAACAAGAGCCUAAUCUUAAAAACUGUAGUCCUUAACUCAAGACUCAAGAGAUUCGUUACAAAUGAUUGAAAGUUACGACAUGUAGCCCAUGUUUUGCUGGACAUUGACAUUGUUGUGUUGCAUAUCUGUACAUUUAUAAUAAAAUGUUAUUU